AGAGAAAUGGGCAAGUGAAAGUAACUGUGAAACUAAUCAAAGGUCUGCAACCUGAGAACAAAAAAAAAAAACCUUGUUCCAAAAAGUUCAAAGCCUGGGUUUUCAUUUCAUCCCAUUCCCUCUUUCUGCCCACGGUUUUCUUGUCACUACUUAACUGGUAAUGUAGUGUUGCUUACCCCAUAACCAUGAUAUUUCUUCCGUCCUUUACAUGGAUUCCAGUGACUGUGAACCCCAUUUGCUGAGAUCUCUCUUAGUCUUCAAGAACACCAUCAACCAAGAGUUGAUCAGGAGCUUGCAUGUGUACCGAUUAGAUGAGGGGAAGGAAAAUGAGGUUGAGAGGGAGUUUGUGUUGUCCGCCAAUGAGCCAUAUGUGGAGUUACCAGCUGACCCGCUUCUUAGAUUGAUGAAAUUUCCAGUUUCCCAAGUGCACGAAGGACAUGUCAAUGGCUGUUGGGUCUGCAUAUUUGCAUUUCAGGCCAAUUGUCCUCCUAAUUUUACAUGCAUUCCUUUUAUACUUUCAGUCUCCAGAAAUUGGAAGUUGAAGUCGAUUCCAGCUUUGGCUAAUGAUCUUCAGAUGAUUUUCGAGUUGAGCAACAAAAAGGAUGACAAAAAACCAUUGCAAAGGUCAGGGGAGGAAACAUGCCAAGGGAGUAAUGACAAUAACCAUCAACUAAUAAGAAGUUCGCCCGUACUUGAUCUGGAUCUUAACAGUCUUCCAUGUCCAGUCCCAAUGUCUGAAUCGUCUGAGGAUCAAGAAAUUGGAAGAAGUUUACCAGGUAUUAUGGAGAAGAAGAAGAAAAGGGCACCAAGUGAUCAUGUAGCGAAUAUCGCUUUAUCAGAUCUGGCCAAGUAUUUUGAUCUCCCAAUUGUGGAAGCUUCGAGAAAUCUGAAUGUUGGACUUACAGUACUUAAAAAGAAAUGUAGAGAAUUUGGUAUUCCUCGGUGGCCACAUAGGAAAAUUAAAUCGCUUGACGGUCUCAUUCGUGAUCUUCAGGAAGAGACAGAGAUUCAACAGCAGGAAAACCAGGCUGCAGCCUUGGCUGUUGCAAAGAGGCAAAGGAUGUUGGAGAAUGAAAAAGAAAGUAUAGAGAGGAAACCCUUCUUGGAGAUGAAGACUGAGACCAAGAAGUUCAGGCAAGAUGUUUUCAAGAGAAGGCAUAGAGCUAGAGUUCUCAGAAGCCAGGGCCUAUCAAACUCUGACAAUUAGAACAUCUGUAUAAAAUAUUAGGAGAGCUUUUGAACUCAUUUCCAAAUGGUAAAAACAUCAACUUCUGAAUUUCUUGCAUUGGUGUUCAAGGCCUUGAAGCUCUCUUCUUUA